AUGUCUCGUGUGAUGCAGCUUACACUGUUUCUUGUUCUCGUUCAGAUAUGGCUGUUUUGCAUAUUAUGUCAAUUUUUCCAAUAUGAUUCUGUAGUAGGAAAAAUAUUAAUCACGGUCGAAUCUUUGAGUACAACCUCAUCGCAGACACCUCAAGAGCAGUUUAGACAGGAUAGUCAGUCAGCAAGCAUCAGAAUCUGUAUGUCGAUAGGUCGAACAGUUAUACAUGUGCCAUGUGCGCAGCGCUUUGUUAGGGCAUUUCAUGCUACGCGGGUACCUUACGGCUCACCGUUGAAGGUUAAGUUGGACCUUCUGCAGAAGACACAGACACUUGUGAAGCGAACAGAGAAGGAAAAUGGAAAGCAGAGGGAUAUCGCUCGAAGGGAAGCACGCAAAGCUCGGAAGUACGGAUAUUCCAUUAAGAAAGCGAAUGAAAUCUUAAAAGGGAGACACAAAAUUACUAAUCUUGAUAAGUCUAUCAAAGUAGGACCAACUUCGGACGAUGAUACGAGCAUUCUUUCUGUCGCUAACGAUAAAAGAUUAAUGUAUACUAUACUAGGUAUAUCUAGACCUCAACUAAAAAAUUCAAUAUUGGUGGAACGCGAUGUUGCGAAAUUUUGUAAGAGAGGCCAGUUGCAAAAGGCUUUAUUUCUUAUAAAGCUUGCUGGACCAAAUGGUGCAGCUGGAAUGAACACAUUAAUGACACAUUAUCUAGAAGUUGAAAAAGAUAGCCAUUCCGCUGUGGAUUUAUAUUCUUGGAGAAAGAAGUGGCAAAUACCUCCCAAUGAAUACACUGAAACAAAUUUGUUCAAAGGGUUGGCAAGGUUGCCAGAACCAAUUUCUGUCAAAGUUGCAGAACGAGUGGUGAAGAUAGUUUUAAAAUUGGUUGAAGAUGAAAGACUCAAUAAUAUAAAUUUUAACGCUGCAUUAAGUGCGUUGGCGAACUCUAACGACCCUAGUUACCUGUUCAAAUGUUUUGAUUUGAGACCCAAAGGUAUAAAAAAAGAUGCAAUUGCGUACACGCAACUACUUAUUGGAUGUGCGAAGAUUACAGAUGCAGUGGAAGCCAUUCAAAGGGCUGAUGAUAUAAUGAACUCUGCUGACCCCAAAGUUAUCGAUUCACAAAUGUUUUUUCAUUAUUUGAACGUUUGGCACUCUAGAAGGGAUCUACGAUUUUCCAAUUGUGUGUUGCCUCUGCUUGAUAUAUUCUAUGAUUUUAAGGUCCCAAAUGUUCGUUUCAAGAAAGAAAUACCAGAAUUUGUCAAGUUGCCUGCUUUGAAGAAUUGGAAUAUCAAAUCUAAAAUGCGUUUGACUCCCCAUGUUGCACAUCUUUUAAUGGAAAAUUGCUUUAAGACCGGACAAUACGAAUAUGGUAUCGCUUUCUUCGAGCAUUACCUGGGAAAAAGACCAAACCUUUUCAACAACAGAACAAUAAACGCUGCGUUGAACUUAAUUAUCAAAGCAGAUCCGGAGAACUGUGGAGAGAGAUGUUAUGAGCUACUUCGUAAGAUGAUGGAUGAUGGUAUGUUGCGGGAACCCUUACAGCACGUCGUUUUAACUUAUAAAGCAUUUGAAAGACAGGCUACUAAAAAGCUAAACAACAGUGAUCCUGUAAAGGCGACAGAACUUGUAAAAUCAUGUCUUGCACUUAUGAAGGACAAUGAAGCAAAGACUUCGAUUCAAAAUGAUGAGUACAAGAGCUAUUUAUCCUGGAAACCAUGGAUGUUCUUAUUGAGAAUUGUUAUGUCAUGCAAAGACGCGUUACCUUUGACUUUCAAGAAAACGAUAAUAGACGAGUUCAUUACCACAAUGCUCUGUGAUCCAGUAAUGUUGUUGAAGCAGAGAGGAAGCACUCGAGAGAGUAUGCGUUUUGUUUAUCUUGAAGCUGUACGUUUUAUAAAAUCAUUGGAAUCAUCUUUGAAUUUAACCGAUGAAGAACUAAAGGAAGUGCAAGCUGAAGCGGAAGAUUCAAAUUCUUUACUUAAAAGAAAAUUUUUGUUUCGUAGGCAUCUAAUAAGAUUAAGAAAGAGAAUCCUAGAGGUUGUGGAUAACCUAGAACAUGAUAGGGAUUCUAACAGCCCCGAAAUCGAAAAAUUGUUUAGACAAUAUUGUGAAACAAUAUUGGACACCAACAUUGAUGACUUUUCACCAACAUAA